ACCGCCGAUCGAUCGAUCACCUUUCCAGAUAAAAGAUCGAGUUUGCUAGGUCGAUAUGGGCUCUCUCAUGGCUGGCUGGAGCUCCCAUGCGCUCGACGAUGACCACAAAGUUCGUUUCAUGAGGAACCGAUCACUGACCAAGGAGGAGGUAGAGGCCUACCGGAGACAGCACAGGAAGCCGGCGGGGGAGGGCACCGUCAACGGCGGGGAAACCGUCGUCGCCUCCUCUCCCUGCCCGGGGAGCCCGAGGCCGACCCCGCGUCCGUCGACUCUGUCUCACGUCCGUUCGUCGCCGCCGGUGAUGACGACCAAUAGCGUGGACGGUCACGGCGAGGCUGCGGCUAGCCCUAGCGCGAGCCGUGACUGGUGGACGAGGAGCAGUUGGGCGUUCCUCAACGAACCGCGGUCGCCGCAGCGCGAGGGAGGCGGUGCUGGGCAAGGCGGCGCCGGCGCCGCCGCCGCCGUCUGAUCGUCGUCUUUCAUUAGUUUGCUAGGCCAACUUUAUAUUGUAGGUAUAUCUCUGUAAAAUACACCGUGUUAUUGGAGUGGCUUUGCUAAUGUUUGGUUUCUACUAAUAGAAUGCCUCUCCGUUGCUAUGAGCUUUGUAUUUUUUAUCUGGUUGCCAAUAUGUACUCGUAUUGUUGC